CCGCUGCAGCUCACUGCGUUUCCGUAGCCAGUUGGUUGCUAUACCCGCUGAGCCCAGACCGGGGAAACAGCUCACGGAAACGGUUCAUCCCGAUCGAAUAACGUCAAAGCUGGCAACAUAAAUGGCGGAUUAACACUGAUAUCGGAGAGGACUCGCAAAAUAAAUGUUCGUAACUCGGGUGCUUUUGGAGAGUGCGCUGUUACCCUCCGUAACAUGUGAGAUGUAUAGCUACAGAAAUAUAUUAACUGUGCGUUAUUUCAGCUAACUAGCUAGCAGCUACCCCCCUCUCUAUCCAAUUUAUGGUAGCUCGCUUGAUCUGUUUUCUCAACCGUCGCGUCUGUUCCAGAGUAAAAUGAAGAAGUUCAACAUUAGGAAGGUGCUAGACGGCUUGACAGCGGCUUCUUCUUCCUCCUCCGCAAGUGCCCAGCCGGGUGCUCCCAGGGAAAACGAUGUUAUCCAGGAGACUCUCCAGUCGGAGCAUUUCCAGCUUUGCAAGACUGUGCGUCAUGGCUUCCCAUAUCAACCAUCCUCAAUGGCUUUUGACCCUGUCCAGAAAAUCUUGGCCGUCGGGACUCAGAAUGGAGCGUUGAGACUCUUCGGCCGUGCGGGUGUGGAGUGCUACUGUCAGCAUGAGAGCGGGGCGGCUGUCAUCCAGCUCCAGUUCCUGAUCAACGAGGGGGCGCUAGUGAGUGCCUUAGCUGAUGACAGCAUCCACCUGUGGAACCUGAGGCAAAAAAUCCCUGCAAUCUUACAUUCUCUCAAGUUCAACAGGGAGAGAAUCACAUACUGCCACCUGCCCUUCCAGAGCAAAUGGCUUUACAUCGGCACAGAAAGAGGAAACAUCCACAUUGUCAACGUGGAGUCCUUCACUCUCUCAGGCUACGUCAUCAUGUGGAACAAAGCCAUCGAACUAUCCACCAAAACACACCCAGGGCCUGUUGUGCACAUCAGUGAUAACCCCAUGGAUGAAGGAAAGCUUCUGAUUGGAUUUGAAUGUGGGGUUGUGGUGUUGUGGGAUUUGAAGUGCAAAAAAGCUGACUACCGCUACAAUUAUGAUGAGGCGAUCCACUCAGUAGCCUGGCACCAUGAGGGCAAACAGUUUGUUUGCAGCCACUCUGAUGGCACUCUGACCACAUGGAAUAUACGAGCCCAAGCCAAGUCUGCACAGAUCAUCACACCACAUGGAAAGCAGCCUAAGGAUGGAAAAAAGCCAGAACCAUGCAAGCCUAUUCUGAAGGUGGAGUAUAAAACAACAAGGGCUGGGGACCCAUUCAUGAUCCUGUCUGGAGGUCUGUCUUACGAUACAGUGGGGAGGAGAGCCUGUCUGACUGUGAUGCAUGGAAAGAGCACUGCUGUCCUAGAGAUGGACUACCCCAUCGUAGAUUUCCUAACGCUGUGUGAAACUCCAUAUCCAAAUGACUUUCAGGAGCCUUAUGCUGUGGUGGUCCUCCUCGAGAAGGACUUGGUUGUAAUAGACCUCGGACAGAUUGGGUACCCCAUAUUUGAGAAUCCAUAUCCUCUGACCAUCCAUGAGUCACCAGUGACCUGCUGUGAGUACUUUGCUGACUGCCCUGCUGAACUUAUUCCUGCACUUUACUCCGUCGGCAGCCGGCAAAAGAGACAAGGUUACAGCAAGAAGGAAUGGCCUAUUAGUGGAGGAAACUGGGGCCAAGGCACUCAGAGUUACCCAGAGAUCAUUAUCACUGGACAUGCUGAUGGGUCGAUCAAAUUUUGGGAUGCUUCUGCAUUGAUGCUUCAAGUGCUGUACAAGCUGAAGACUGCCAAGGUUUUUGAGAGGGCUCGCAGUAAGGAGGAGAAGGCAAACACAGAUAUAGUAGAGGAGGACCCGUUUGCCAUCCAGACCUUGUCCUGGUGCCCUGAGAGCAGGAUGCUCUGCGUCGGGUGCGGGUUGACGUCCCACGUAAUUGUCAGUGGGUUCAGCACAGCCAAAUCACCACAUGAAGCUUUGGCACUUUUGGAGGUGCGGAUGCAGUGUGAGUUUAGCGACGGUGACUCCCCUGAUCCAGGAGGGGAUCAGACCCCCACCCUGCCCACCCCGGGAGCUUCCUCCAGCCCUCAGGAGAGUGAGCCUCCCACUCAGCCAUCCACAGGCAGCAACUCCUCCGACGGACCCCGGGACAAUAAACCAUGCCUGCAGGUGCGGAGCUCCCCGCUGAAGCAGUCUCCGGGCUACCAGGUGGAGCUGGUGAUCCAGCUGGUGUGGGUGAGCGGGGAGCCACCUCAGCCCAUCACCAGCCUGGCUAUCAACUCCUCCUACGGCCUUGUGGUGUUUGGAAACAGUAAUGGUCUAGCUGUGGUGGACUACCUCCAGAAAACUCUGCUCCUCAACAUGGGCACAUCGGAGCUGUACAGCCCAUCUGACCCCUACCAGAGGCAGCCUCGCUCGCCACGCAAAACACGCCAGCCCUCUGGAGCAACCUGUGAUUCCAACGAUGGGUCCAACACCUCAGAGGACCGCUGCAAGUCACCUACUUCAGGAUCCACCUCACCUUGCAAUUCUGAUGAUGAACGGAAACAGAAGUUCAUAGAGAAGGUGAAGUUCACAAGCAGACGCUUUUCCAAGACGGUUGCCAAUGACUUUGCCAAGAUGUCACGGAAAAUUAGCUUGUCUAGCGAGCAAAAGCCAGACCUGGAUGCCAAGGAUAACGCUUUCACCCGCUCGCGUAGUUCAAGUGUAACCAGCAUAGACAGAGAGUCCCGAGAGGCCAUCUCCUCCUUUCACUUCUGUGAGAGUUUCCCCAGGAAGACGGACAGCGUGGUCAGCCCCUGUCUGCUGGUGGGAACCACCCAGGGCACUGUGAUGAUGGUGGCCCUCAGCCUGCCGCCCCCUGGGGACCUCAGGCUGCAGCAACCCGUUGGCAUCUCCUCCUGUGGCACCUUGGUCACACUCAAAGGAGGCAUUUUGACUAUGGCCCUGUUGGACGCCACUGGAACUUUGCUGCCCCCUUCCUACGAGCCGUGGUACGACCCAAAUGCCUCAGACGAGGAGAAGGAGAAAAGCCGGAGGCGCAGGCCAGCCUCCCCUCCCUCGGCACAAGAGGGUCAAGAUUCCCAGUUCGCUGUGCUGUGUUCGGAGAAACAGGCCAAGGUGGUGGCCAUGCCCUCCCAGACCCGCAUCUACAAACACAACAUCACAGAGUCCUCCUUCGUGCUGAGGGCUGAUGUUGUGCAGAUGGCCGGAGCUUACUGCAUCGCCUGUUUCUGUGCUAACGGCCAUAUCAUGACCCUAAGUUUACCCAGUCUACGGCCUCUGCUGGAUGUGAACUACCUGCCGCUGACAGACAUGCGGAUAGCCAGAACGUUCUGCUUCUCCAACCUGGGUCAGGCCCUGUACCUCACCUCCCCCACGGAGAUCCAGAGGAUCACCUAUAGCCAGGAGACCUGCGACAACCGGCAGGAGAUGCUCAGUGAGUUGUUUACCCCUGUGGAGACACCAGAGGCUCCUAACAAAGGUUUCUUCAAAGGCCUGUUUGGGGGUGGCGCUCAGUCCCUGGACAGGGAGGACCUCUUUGGUGAAACAGGUGCUGGUAAGGCCUCCCGUAGCCUGGCCCAGCACAUCCCUGGCCCAGGAGGCAUGGAGGGCAUGAAGGGUGCAGCGUCUGGGGUUGUGGGAGAUCUGGCCCGCGCCCGGAUAGCUCUGGACGAGAGAGGGCAGAAACUGGGCGAGCUGGAGGACAGAACGGCAGCCAUGAUGUCCAGCGCGGAUUCCUUUUCCAAACAUGCUCAUGAUAUGAUGCUGAAGUACAAAGAUAAGAAGUGGUACCAGCUCUGAUGGCAGCGUGUGGAGCAUCAGACUCUGUAAUCACGCUCACCAGUAUCUCUAAGGAGCUGCAGGUCCUGCUUCUUCUCUUCUUUAUUUCUCUCCGUGGGAUGGGGGGGAGUUCUGCUCAACAGACUCAUGCUUUUAUUCCCAGCACAAUAUCAUACACUCUGCAUUACCUCAGUCACCAGAGGACUGCCGCGGAGUAGACACUGGCCGACCCAAUGUAAUGAGAAUGGAAAGAAAUGGAAGAAGAGAAGCUCUUAGGAAUCCCUCUUUCCAUUUAACCUGAAUUAACAUCAGUCUGCAGAACAGGAGAGAGGUGACCUUUCAUAUCCAUCAGUCACACACUCAUAUAUAUCUCACAUAUAAAUAUAUAUACUGUAUAUCUACACACACUGCUGUUUUGUUCUAAAGAGGAAAGACAAUUCUGCAAAACAUGUACUUGUGGUGGCCUGAUUGCAAUUGUUCUUUUAUCCUUUCUCUACCCUUUAUGGUGUUUGCCAAACACAGUGGACUUAAAUGAGGAGAAAAGUCUGAUGAUCCCUUGUCCUUCGUAUCUAAUUAAGUCAAUGAAGAUCUAAGUUUCUGAUUGAAUGAUUGAAUCAAUGAAGGACUUGUGUUGCUGUUUGUUUUUCUGGUUUAAAUUAUUUUUUUAAGUGUUCAACUUCUGUCCUUUUUGCUAAUUUGUUUUUGUCAAUCCAAGAAAGGGCCUUUCAAGCACUGAGAACCAUUAAAACUAGACAGGGAGAUGAUGAAUCUAUUGCCUCUCACCGAAUAAGGGCUGGUAGUACACUAGUUCAUCACCGACAAUUUCUUUUACACAGGAUUUACCAACCAAGCUGUUUUAAGUGAGAAAGACAAAUGGCGUGUUUUCUGAGAGUCACUUUGGCUUUAUUUUAAAUUAGACAAUUUAUUGGAACCCUAUAGAUAGAUAUAUAAUAGCUAGGAAAUAAAAGAAGUGUCUAUGUUGUGCAUCAGAUUUUUAAUUUUUUCUUUUGGUCAAUUAAAUGCGCAAAAAAAGUGAUGAAAAUGUUUACCCCUAAUGAAGAGUUUACAUUUAUCUAUCAGUAAAGAGAAGAGUUGAUACACUGGAAAACCCCUGAAGUCUUAUAUUCUUCUGGCUUUCAGGGGGCGGUAGCUAAGUCCCGGAUGAGAAGGAUGAUGUGUUGUAGGGCAAGACAAAGAAUGUCCUUAAUGCUAUUGGCAUAAAUGUAUAUUUUGGUUACAAUUACUUUUUUUGUUUGUUAUAAAGUGUCUAUCUAUACAUGAUUAUUCAAAUCUGUUUUUGGGCAUUCUGUCUGUCAUAGCGGAGUUGUGUCUCGUCUUUCAAUGUGUAAGGAAAAAAAAAAAAAAAAGCUUGUGUCUCUUACAGCACAAGAAAUGGUGAUGCUGUCUGUGUGUUCGUAGCUGCCAGUAGAAAUGACCAAGCACCACAGAGUGUGUCACGCAGUGCCAUUAGCCAUCUCUGAACCAACGUGUGUGUGUGUGUGUGGUGUGUGUGUGUGGUGUGUGUGGUGUGUGUGUGUGUGUGUGUGUGUGUGUGUGGUGUGUGUGUGUGUGUGUGUGUGUGUGUGUGGUGUGUGUGGUGUGUGUGUGUGUGUGUGUGUGUGGUGGUGUGUGUGUGUGUGUGUGUGGGUGUGUGUGUGUGUGUGGUGUGUGUGGUGUGUGUGUGUGUGUGUGUGUGUGCGGCGCGCGCUGUGCGCGCGCGGCGCGUGCGCAGGAAUAUGUGUGGACGCCAAUAUUUAUAAUACUACAUAGAUACAGUGUAUUACAAUAGGUCUUUUGAGGUUUUUGCUUGACAGUGUUUUUCAAUGUGGUUUAUUAGAAUUCUAUUGUAAUUAGAUUUUUUUCAUGACAGGCAAGGAUAUGCUGCUAUUUCUGUCAAUGUAGGAGCAUUUUCCGUUGGUCUUUUAUUUUGAAAGGAGAGACGAGACUUUGUCAUUCCAGAUUGCUGCCAAAUGUUGUAAAUAACGGGACAGCUGGACACAAAUCUGACAGUGCAGGUUCAGGCAACGUGACAUACUGUACGCUUGCAGCCAUGUUCUUUUCCGACACCAAAGAGUUGCUUAAUUUCACAGAGUUGUCUUGAUUUUUCCUAAAUAGUAAGAGACAGUCUGGAUACCAUGCACCAAGCACUCUUAAGUCAAGAAGUCUGCUGUGUGGAGGGUGGAGGGGGGGGGGGGGGGGGAGUGGAUCGGCUCUAUUUUCUUCUUAUAGGAAUGCCACCCUCAUUACUCAAACUGCUGUACAUGUGUUCAGAUAACAGGCAAAGUGAAUUUGAAGAGUUUAAUUCCAAAAUAAGAUCACGUACCACUGAUGGAAAAUGGUGCAGUUCCAAGAUAGAUACACAGCAUUUUGGAGUAAAACACUUCUCUUUAAGCUGGCUGAUUUGAAACCCAUCUGAAACAGCAGUUAUGUGAUUUUUGCACUAUUUUUUGUACUUAAUAAUUUUGUUUGUAUGUUUUAAUGUGUUUGUGUUUUCGUGUCCCAUUUGCUUGUUUUUGAAAGGACCAAAACAUGACAGUACCUAUGCUUAUAAUUAUAACUGUGUCAUUUGCCAAGGAUGCUAAUUGCUUCACUCUCAGAUUUGUUUUCAAUGUCAGGUUAAUGAUACUAUGAUAUAUUUAUAUAUUUGAAAACAAAUAUAUACAGUAUAUACAUUUAAUUUCAAUGAUCUAUUAAAAAUGAAUACCUUUAAUGUAAUUUUUCAAAUAACUCACGUUGAUGUCCAAACAAUGGUUGUGCAUACAUCAUCCAGACAUGACAAUAAACCGUUUUUUUGGUUAUAUAUUCUACAUGCUCAUUUCAGAUUCAAGCUUUGCUACCGCAGGAGGGUCAUCUCCUCUUGGUGGGCCACUGAGUCUUUCUGCAAAUUGUGGCCUCAAUUUCAAAGUGCUUCAGUUUGCAACAUAUAUGGUCUAAAUGGUCUCUUAUUGCACAUUGAAGGAUGCAUGAUAUUAGGUGUUUACAAACUUGAAACAACCAUGUAUUAUCCCUCUUAGAGAUUGUCUGUUUUGGCAUUUUUAUUCACCACCAUGUUGAACAAAACUGAUGUUCUCAUCACACAUCUGAAGGUGUCCCAUUUUCAUUUAUUCAUGCCAAUUGUAUAACUGUGAGAGAUUAUAUUUAUGUUAUUGGUACAUAUGAUUCUGUUAUUGUUUGCUUCAUGAAAUCUCUUGCUUUUCCUGCGCUGUAGACAUGCGUUGACAUCGAAGCUAGGCUCACAGCACCGUGCAGGAGAACUCGAGGGUUUCUCAGUCGCCAUACUUCCAUCCAUCUGUCCGUCUUCUGGGAUGAAUAUCUGUGGAGUUGCAGUAUUUUCUCAUAGUAGGCAUUUUUGUACAGUUUUAUUAAAACAAAUUUCACAUGGAUGUCUGACUUAAUUAAACAAUUUAGACUGUAGAUACAUUAUAUAUAGAUAUUAUUGUGCAAUGGAAAAAUAAAUGUAAAACCAAUCAUAA